GUAUUUUGUAGUACUGUGAAGACCUCUGAUUGGACCUGCACAUUUCUAGCUGUGUGACAAGUUCUUCCCAUUGGAGAAUUACUUCUAUAGGCUGCUUUAGCAAUGUUGAGAUUCAGCUCGGGCAUGGUGAAGAAUCUUCCUUUGAAGAAGAGAAUUUGUUUUCUUCUGAUGCUUGUGUGUCUUGCCUGCUCAGUGUUAAUCUUUUGUGAAUUUUUAAUUUAUUAUGUAGUGAUAUUUCAGUGUUAUUGGCCAGAAGUGAAAACUGACACACUUAAGGGCAGCAGACAGACUUCAGCUUCUGUUUUGAAGGCAAUGUUUUUAUCUGAUACCCACCUGCUUGGUGAAAUCAAAGGGCACUGGCUGGACAAAUUAAGAAGGGAGUGGCAAAUGGAGAGAGCCUUCCAAACUGCCCUGUUACUGCAGCCAGAUGUUGUUUUUAUUCUGGGUGAUGUCUUUGAUGAAGGGAAGUGGAGCCGCUCACAGGCUUGGGCAGAUGAUGUCAGGAGAUUUCAGAGGAUGUUUCGACAUCCAGCUCAAACUGAGCUUGUGGUUAUUGUUGGCAACCAUGACAUUGGCUUUCAUUAUGAAAUGACCACUUACAAGUUGAAACGAUUUGAAAAAGUCUUCAACUUCACCUCAGAAAUGAUAGUAACCCGGAAAGGAGUCAAUUUUGUGCUGGUGAACAGUGUUGCUCUGGAGGGUGAUGGCUGCACCAUCUGCAGUUUAGCAGAGGCAAAGCUCAUUGAGUUUUCUCAUAAAUUGAAUUGCUCCCAGCAGGAACAGAAGCAUUCCAACAAAAGGUGCAGAGAGAUGGAACAGCUUCCUGCUUCACAGCCAAUCCUUUUACAGCAUUACCCUCUUUAUAGGAGGAGCGACUCUGAAUGCACUGGAGAAGAUUCUGCCCCUCCUGAGGAGAAGAACAUCCCGUUUAAAGAAAAGUAUGAUGUACUUUCUCAAGAAGCUUCACAAAAGCUGAUAUGGUGGUUUCAUCCCCGCUUGAUUCUGAGUGGCCAUACCCACAGUGCCUGUGAAGUACUGCAUGAUGGGAAAAUUCUAGAAGUCAGUGUCCCAUCAUUCAGUUGGAGGAAUAGAAACAACCCUAGUUUCAUCAUGGGUAGCAUAACACCGACUGACUUCUCCCUCCAGAAGUGCUUCCUUCCAUUUGAGAGCAGAGUUUUUACUAUAUACUGUGCAGCUGGAGCUCUGCUUGUGGUCCUCCUACUAGCUCAUUUUCUCAUGCCAUCUUUUUAUUUUGCUCAGCGUUUAAUCAGUAAGCAUAAAGCAGUAUGAAGAGCCAAACAUCUGCAGUCAGUCACUGAUACCAAAGCUGAGAACAGUCAAACAUCAGAACUAUAUUCAUGCCAGCAAAUGACCUAAUUUGAUUGCUAGUCCAAAGGCAGGUUGCAUUCACACAUACCAUAGAAGUCCUAUACAGUUGAUAUGACUACUACAGGAUAAAUAAUUAACUGAAAUUGUUUCAUGCUGUACAAAAAUACUGUAUUCUACAAUCAAAUGAGUCCUUUUCUGCUAUAUUUUUUGUAUCAAAUAUGUAUAUUAAAAGUUUAACUGUACAUUAUGUAAAUAUUACAGCCUCAUCACUUGACUGCACUUGUGUCCUACCCUAGUAGAGGCUUAGGCUUGCAAACUGGAACACUUCUGUAUAUUUUAUUGCUGCAUGCUCUUCUUGUGUGAGACUCUGUUAAUGUCAGCAGGAGCUAGAUAAAUCAGCAUUAAGAGAUGCAGAUUUCCUUAACAUUUCUAGGAUGUCGUGGGCAAGACUGUCAUUUGGGAGAAGAAAUCCACUAGUCCCUGAUGCAUUAAAGUCAGAUGUUGAUGAUUGCAACCUGCAGCUCUUGUCUACCAGACAGUAAGUGUCAAAUAUCCCAACCCUCUGAAGUCCAGUUUGUCAAGUGUCAGAAGUGUCAAAACACACUUCGAACCUGCUAUAAAAAUUAGGGUGACACCUCUCAAACUGCUGUCUUUAAAAAGAUGUGCUAUGGUAAUUGUAAAAAUGAAGGCCCUGUUGCAUCCCAGAGAUCUGUGUGGAGAGGGUCCCUUCAUUUGCCAGUCUUCCCCAGGAAGGGAGGUCAGACACCACUGUAUUAACAGUUACCUAUGUCUUGGUCCUGGAUUAUGUGUCCCUACAAGAUUCCAAAAUAGUUACCAAAGGAGGUUACAUUAACCUUAUUGUAGAACUACCUUCAAGAUGGAAUCUCCCUUUUUAAUGGGGUUAUGCAGAUUGCUGCAUGGGGAAACCCCAACAGCAUGGCCACAGUGGGCCUCAGAGCUGGUGAAGUCAGAGGGCCUCCAAAUGGUUGGCAGUAGGUAGAUGGCAAAGACCUAGAGGCUAGAGUCCCUGCAUGGGGGAAGAGGGAACCAAAUCCCAUUUUAACCAGAGGGAAAACUGUUUUUUGCAUUGGGAAGUUUCCUUCUGAUGUCCUUGCAGAAGAAGGGAGCUCUAGCCUAACAUGUUACUUUUUAAGUCCUACCUGCAUCGCUUAUUCUUAGAAAAAAAUGCUAGUUUGUUGAUGGGGAGGAUUUGAUAGGGAAAGCAAGAGAAUUUCUGUGUCCAGUUAUUCCUAUUACUAACUACCCUCUGCCUUUCACUUUCUGGGAAACACAAUGAGAACUCUGGAGCAGAUACAGAUAUAAAAAUAUCUACAGCCCAGUAGUAAUUUCAUGGCAAGGGGUAGAAACUAUGGAAGGGUCUUAGUACAGUGUCUGUGAUUUAGUAUUGAAACAAUCCCAUGUUAAAAUAGAACCAAUUACUGAAUUUUCUCUACAGUCUAAUGGUAAGUGAAAAAAGACUGGGUUUACCAAUAGUAAGUCAUGCCUCCAUUAUAAAAAUUUGAUUCAUAGUGUUUGGCUGAAAACACUUCAGAGCUCAAUUUGUCCUUAAUUAAAACAAAGAGUGGAGACAAUCCAAGGAGUGAUAAAACAAUGUCUGAAGUAAUGUAGGCUAACACUUUUCUCUAUGUUCUGUUAUUGCAACUGUAAUUUUAGACAUUUGUACAGGUUAUCUUGGACACAGGAAAAGUAUAUACUCACAGACACAAAACACCCAUGUAUAAAAUAUAAAGCAGUGUUAUAGUUACUAAAAAGGACAUGCCUUAUUGCUACAGCAAUUCUUGCUUUUUGUAUAUUGUACUGUACCACAACUUGUUUUGAGAAUGUCAUUUGCAUAAAUUAUUCAAGUUUGAGAAAUAUUCACACAUUUUGAUUCUACAAUAUUUAAAAUAAAACAAUUUUCUAAUGUG